AUGACAGGGAAAUCUAAUUGGCCUGCUCACAUUGAGGACGAAGGCUUGGCUGGUGCUUUCAUCGAAGCUAUUCGGAAACGAAAGGAAAAUGAUAAAAUGAGGCCACCUGAGAGCAGAUACCAUCCUGCAUUUUAUGCAUCUUCUGAAAAAGACGAUUGCCACCGAAUCAUUGUGACCAAUGCAUCACUUCCAUCAAAGUACUCAUACCAGCAUAAAGGUACAGAUGUUCUCUUGCUGCCAGAUAAUGUCAUCUUUUCCAACAUUACGCCUAGAAGAGUGAAUGCCUUGUUGGACUAUAUCUUUGGUAAGCCAUGUUCUCAAGCAUUCUCAGUAUAUCCUUGCCCAUACUCAAGCCUUGUAUUGGUUUGUGGACAUGGGAAUAAGGAUCGACGAUGUGGUACGAUAGGGCCAAUGCUUCAAAAAUCAUUACAGCAGGCAGCUAGCCAGGAUGAAGAAGGGAAUCAUGUGCAGAUUGCGCUGUCAAGUCACUUGGGAGGUCAUGCGUUUGCAGGUAACGUGGUUAUUUAUACACACCAUGGACAACGAGCCAUUUGGUAUGGAAGAGUGACGCCAUGCUACUGUAAAGACAUUGUAGAUAACACCUUGGAGGAUAAUAAAGUGAUUGAGGAUCUUGUUCGAGGUAUAUUUGAAGUUCGAUCUAAACCAAGUAAAUGCCACAAAGCGUUGGAGUGGUGA